AAGAGGUUGGGCCUGCCCUCUGUGUUGCUAAUUUUUCUUCAUCCGUCCUUCACCUAAGCUGAUUCCUUCAUUCCUCCUUAGGAGCAUUGUUUCCUAGGGUUGCCGCUAAAGGAGCUGCUGAACGAAUUACUUGAGCAAUGGCAAAAGAGAAAGGCGCAGGGCCGGGCGGAGUACGCCCUGGCCAUGCGAAGCUGAGCCAACCUGCCUAUUGCCUUUCCUUCGAAGUCGUCCUGAAAGAGAUUGGUACGGACAUUGACGAAGGGUUGACCAAAGACGAGGCCACCCACCGCCUUCAGCAGUACGGCCAGAACAAACUUGAUGAAGGCGAGAGCGUCUCCAUCAUCAAGAUUCUCGUGCGCCAGGUGGCCAACGCAAUGAUGCUAGUUAAGCGGCCCACUUUACUUUCUUGUUGAAUUUUUCUUGCAUAAGAGCUCCCAGAGUCUGAUCCAAUUCUAUGUUGACAGGUCCUGAUUCUGGCUAUGGCGGUCAGUUUCGGAAUUCAAUCCUGGAUUGAAGGUGGUGUUAUUGCCGCUGUCAUCGUUUUAAACAUUGUCGUCGGCUUUUUCCAAGAGUAUGCAGCUGAAAAGACGAUGGAGUCCUUACAUAACUUAAGCUCUCCCACUGGAACUGUUACUAGAGGCGGCGAAACCUUUUCGAUUCCGUCCACUGACAUUGUCCCUGGCGAUAUGAUUGAAUUGAAAACCGGCGACACCAUUCCCGCGGACGUCCGGCUGGUUGAAGCCGUGAACUUUGAGACCGAUGAAGCACUGCUGACCGGCGAGUCUCUGCCCGUCCAAAAGGAGUGUAACUCUACCUUCAAAGAAGAUACUGGCCCCGGAGAUCGGUUGAAUAUCGCCUAUAGUUCCAGUACAGUCACACGCGGCCGUGCUCGAGGUGUGGCCGUCAAUACCGGCAUGGCGACCGAAAUUGGAUCAAUCGCUGCUGCCCUCCGUGCUACUAACAGCAAACGUCGUCCAGUAAAGCGAGGCCCGGGCGGCGAGACCAAAAAGCGCUGGUAUGUCCAGGCAUGGACACUGACCGGAACUGACGCAGUUGGCCGCUUUCUUGGAGUCAACGUGGGCACUCCAUUACAGCGUAAGCUGUCUAAACUUGCAAUCCUGCUGUUCGGCAUUGCUGUACUCUUUGCCAUUAUUGUGAUGGCAGCCAAUCUGUUUUCCAGUGACAACGAAGUUAUCCUUUACGCCGUGGGGACUGGUCUCUCUAUGAUCCCUGCGUGCUUGGUGGUUGUCCUUACGAUUACUAUGGCGGUCGGUACCAAGCGCAUGGUCGAGCGAAACGUUAUUGUUCGCAAGUUAGACUCGCUCGAGGCACUUGGAGCAGUCACGAACAUCUGUUCCGACAAAACUGGUACCUUGACUCAGGGAAAAAUGGUAGUUAAAAAGGCCUGGAUCCCCUCGCGCGGUACAUACUCUGUCGGUAACUCGAACGAGCCUUUCAAUCCAACUACUGGAAAUGUGACUUUUACUCCCGUACCGCCUCUCGAGUUGGUGGAUGAGAAGGAAGGCCCCACGGUCGAGAACGUCGAAGGUCUGGUUGAUGGCAACCGUCCUCUUGAAGAUUUCCUGGACGUUGCAUCCAUGGCCAAUCUAUCUCACGUCUUCAAAUCGGAGGAAGGCGAAUGGCAUGCACGAGGCGAGCCGACUGAGAUUGCCAUCGAAGUAUUCGCCUCCCGCUUCAACUGGAACCGAGACCGAUGGACAAAGGGCUCAAAGGCCGUGUGGCACCAGAAGGCAGAAUUUCCGUUUGAUUCAACCGUGAAGAAGAUGUCCGUGAUCUUCAGCAGAACGAAGCCAGAUGGUGAAGAACAGGACAUGAUCUUCACCAAAGGCGCCGUCGAGCGAAUUAUAGAUUCCUGCACAACCGUUAUUUGGGAUCAGGAAUCCUCUACCGCCGUACCACUGACUGACAAAAUGCGCGAGAAGAUUCUCCAGAACAUGGAAGAGCUUGCGAAACUAGGCCUACGUGUUUUGGCUCUCGCACAUCGACCAUAUAAGGAGGAAUCUUCUUUUCUUGAGGGCUCUAACAUCAACCGCGACGAGAUUGAAAAGGGCCUCUGCUUCCUUGGUCUUAUUGGGUUGUAUGACCCUCCACGUCCCGAAACCGCGGGCUCGAUUGCGGCCUGCUACAGGGCUGGUAUCACGGUGCACAUGGUGACUGGUGAUCACCCUGGAACUGCCAAGGCGAUUGCCCAGCAAGUGGGCAUUUUACCUGCAGAGAUGUCAGCAGUCGGUGCUGAUGUGGCUGAUGCCAUGGUCAUGACUGCUGCUCAAUUCGAUCAACUCUCUGAUGAUGAGAUUGAUAAUCUCCCCACUUUACCAAUGGUCAUUGCCCGCUGUGCUCCUCAGACAAAAGUUCGCAUGAUCGGCGCAUUGCACCGACGUGGUCGAUUCGCAGCCAUGACUGGGGAUGGCGUGAAUGACUCUCCAUCCCUAAAACACGCGGACGUAGGUAUUGCCAUGGGUCAAGCAGGCUCUGACGUCGCAAAAGACGCAUCAGACAUCAUCCUCACAGAUGAUAACUUUGCAUCUAUCCUAAAUGCCAUCGAAGAAGGCCGCCGCAUCUUUGAUAACUUUGCAUCUAUCCUAAAUGCUAUCGAAGAAGGCCGCCGCAUCUUUGAUAACAUCCAAAAGUUUGUCCUGCAUUUGCUCGCUGAGAAUAUCGCCCAGGCUUGUACGCUGUUGAUUGGAUUGGCCUUUAAAGAUCAGGACUCGAAGUCUGUGUUCCCCUUGGCUCCUGUUGAAAUCCUCUGGAUCAUCAUGAUCACCUCUGGAAUGCCUGACAUGGGUCUCGGCAUGGAAAUCGCGGCACCAGAUAUUAUGGACCGCCCGCCACAAGCAAAGCAAGGUAUCUUCACCUGGGAGGUUAUCGUCGAUAUCCUCGUCUAUGGCUUCUGGACCGCAGCACUCUGCCUUGCAGCCUUCAGUCUGCGUAUGUGGGGCUUCGGCGACGGCAAUCUAGGCAGUGGCUGCAACCGCGAGUACUCUGACCAAUGCGAGCUCGUCUUCCGCGCUCGCGCAACCACAUUCGUCUGCCUGACCUGGUUCGCGCUCUUCCUCGCCUGGGAAAUGGUCAAUCUGCGCCUCUCGUUCUUCCGCAUGCAGCCCGAUAGUGAGAAGUACUUUACGCAGUGGAUGUACGAUGUAUGGCGCAACAAGUUCCUCUUCUGGUCUAUCAUGGCUGGGUGGAUUACUACCUUCCCUAUCUUGUAUAUUCCUGUGCUGAACACAGUUGUUUUCAAGCAUACGGGUAUUUCGUGGGAAUGGGGUAUUGUCUUUGUCGAGGCGAUUCUGUUCUUUGCUGGUGUUGAGGUGUGGAAGUGGGUAAAACGAGCGUACUUUCGCCGUGAGAAAAAGAAGGUACAAGAUCAGAGUGCGAGGCCGAUGGGGGACCCGAGCAGCUACACUGAAGAUGCCUAACCAUUGCUCUCCCUCGCUCAAGCUCGAUUUGAAUGGGAGCCGGGGAUACUGUCAUUACUGGAUCUGGCGAUGUGUUAUUCGGUUACAGACUCAUUGGUACCUAACUGUUUUUUUUUCGGCAGACGCGUUGUGGAGUCUAUUGGGGGGGGUUAGAUGGAGGGAUGAGGUUAGCCUUGUUAAUGGAUCGGGAGGGAGCGGUUGGAUUUGUGUUCUGGGGGAUAGAUAGGGUAGUCAGGGUAGAUAUAGUUUUAGAGGAAUAGUAGCAGAUUGCGUUGUGAACAAUGAACUUUCUUGGUAUUUGAC